CUGGAGCUUACAACUCCAAUAGUUGUUGUCUUUGAUACAAAACGCAUGGGCGGGGGCGUCCUUGCUUUUUUACAUGAAAAACUGCCUGCCCGUGUCAAGUUCUUACUCCGCACUAAAUACUACCUCCCAACAUGCGGCUGUCUGCUUUUCGUGCGCGCGUCGCGUCUUUCUACGAGAACCACCCAAAUGGUGCGCCGCUGCUCUUGGGUGUGGGGUUAUACGGUGUUACGGACGUCGCGGCCAACCGUCUCGAGCACCUGUUCAUGCACGACAAGCCUUGGAACCCGUGCCGCACCCUUGGCGUGAUGAGCGCCGCGCCUGUUUGCACGGGAUGUCUCGUGCAGGCCUACCGACUAGCCGAUCGCCUAUUCGACGUCACAAGUGGCCUGCAAGACCGUCGCACGAUGGGCGCGACGGCUGUUGCACGCAAUACGCCUCAAGAACAACUUCUACAUGGGAUGAACACAAAUAAACACGUCACGGCACCGCCUGCGGCAUCUACUUCAGCGACGGACGCGGCGGCCGGGAGCAGCACCAGCAGCCGUCGUGUAAGAUCAAGUGCAAAAUCCGUGGACUUUCGUGUUCUGGGAAAGAAGGUUUUGUUUAUGCAGCUCGCGUGGACUCCUUUGAGCAUUUGGCUGUUCGUGACCUGUAGCACGACCGCGCACCUCACCUGGGAGGUGAUCUGGGAGAGGUUUUUGUGGCCCAAAUACCUCGCGCUUUUUCCCACAAGCUCGGCUGGACGCGCGGCACUGCGAAACGCUGUCACGCCCGCGGCAAGAACGCCGGCGUGUUUACAGAAAGUUCAUGCAACUUCUGGCUUUGGGGUUGAAGAACGAGGUGUGGACCAAGAGGACGGCGAGGAGGAUGUUGAUGGCAAGAGAACCAGUGGCCACAUUCCGCGCGGCGCCCCAGUGGACGACGACCCGUACGAUCAUGUGGGUCUGCAACUGCAACCGCAAGUAGCCACCUUCAUGAACGCCCGCGAGCUUUCACGGCUAGAGGCUGACUUGGCGAAACUGUUUGGUGCCGCGACCCCAGUCUGUCGCGCAAGGCCAUCGAUGUCGGGCGAAACGACGUCCAGAUCUUUAGCAGAAGGUGACGACGACGAGGCUGCGCUAGUACGCUCGAGGGCCUCAGCCGGAGAGGAGGUUGUAGUCACUGUUUCUGUUUGUGCAGCGCUUGCCGCAGCGCAGAACCUCGAAGGCGGUAAGAGCAGUCGGAGUACAAUUCACAAGACCGCAGUCGAUGCUUCUGUUGAUUCACACCUUGCAGCACAAGGACACCAGAUUUCUUUCGCAGAGGCGGUUCGCACAGUUUUUUGGCUGUCCCAGUUCCGUUUUCGGGAGAAUUUUUGGGAGAUCUACCUUACCAGCUGGUGGGUCUGGCCGAUCUCGGAUUUUUUAAACUUCACGCUCAUUCAGCGUCUGUUUUCCCCGCAUUUUCGCGCCACUUGGGACGCCGGAGUCGGGCUGUUUUGGAACACGUAUCAGUGCCUAGUAACAUUCCGCACUAGCUCAGCGUUGGCGAUGCCUUAAAGGGGAUGUACCUUCGUUGCCAUGUUGCGUUCUGAAGGUAGAAAAAUGGAUUGCUUCUACUUUGUGUCGCUGUGAUGUCGACCUGAUGAUGUUUAUUUUCUUCGCAGUUGGCUCGAUUUCGGCCCGAUGCGAUUAUGGAUCCUUAGUAGUACGAAGUAGUACGUCUGGAAUCCAAUUUGUGUGAGCGAAGUCGGAAGUAGGUUAUUGGCUGUAAAGCCGCUCGUGGCAGCUCGUUUGCAUUCCGUGGGGUAUGGACACGCAUCCACGCGAAACGAAACGUGAUCCGCUUCAUUCCAUCACUUCACUCUCACUCCAUUCACCUCAUUCUCAGACCUAGCGGACGGAGAACGAUCUGUUUUUCCUUUCUUGCUCGUCUGUACCGAUGUCACUCAACAUCUCAUUUUCGUAAUCGUGAACGCUUGAACUUGAACACAGAUAAAAAGAUGCUGUUUAGAACGCUGACCGCUGAUCAGGAUGGAUAGAAACAGUUUUUCGUUGUUGUUCUGGAGUACUGAGACAGAGAGUGGGAGCAGCGUCAAUCAGGAGCACUCAAGAACCUGGAAUCUGAUCUUUGAGUACGGUUACAUGCUGCGAUCAAGCUUACGAAUUCAACCUCAAUGAAUUCACCUGUAGCUUCGUCAACUAACAAAAUGCCUGCUGACUUGCGGGCGGUAUAUUUUCAAUUUGGCCCGGGCCAAACGCAUUUCACUCUAACGAAAUGGGACGGCACCACUGAGCCGUUUGUCUCCGCUUAUCCUUUGUAUUUUGGAACGCACAGCAAUGACAUAACAGUUCUGGGAAAGAAAGUUAGACCCAUGCCGAGCGGCUUUCUGAUUUUCAGCGACGAACAUCAACAGCUGGCUAUUCCAAAAGACGAGGUGGAGACCGAGCCCGCGCCGAAGAAGCAAAAGAAAAAUUAGCUUCGACUUCCUGUUCUCAUUUCAUUGUCUCACAUCAAAAUGUCACCACCGACGCCGGACCUUGCCCCAGCGGACAAGUUGAUCUUGUUCAUGCUGCAGGACGAAAUCCUCACCCCAUUUCUCGUGGGGCUAGCCACCAUUCUGGUGCUCUCUGGAUGGGUGAAGCGCGUUUUCGUGGAACGCGAACACUAUGUGGGAAUCUGCGUUUUCUACGCGUCCUCGGCGUAUCGGUAUCAUACUUUCAGACUUCACUUCAUGUCAUUCACAGUGAUCAUGUUUUCAUUCAUUGUCACUUCACACAGAUUCAUCUCAAAAAUUAAUCGCAGGAUCUUCACCUUCCCCUGCAUCUUUCGCUUCACGUUCCAGUUGACCUGGUGCGAGGCCCUGCUCACCGGGUUCGCUUUUUACGCGCUCAUGCAGGGAGCGGAGAGCAACAGGCGCGCCCAAGGGGGAAUGAGCAACACAAAAAAGAUUUUCGUGCAGCUGCGCUCGAUCGUCGAGCUGUUCACGAAGCUGUUACAGCCGGCGAAGGUCAUCGCAGACACGGCGAAAGUCAUCGGAGAAGUGUACGAACGCAAGGUGUAUAAUCAGUGUCGUCUGUUGGGAAUUGUGUUGCACACGAACCCGUGGAUCGAACAUGACACCACUGCGCUAGAAGAAUUUUCAUGCGAUUAAAAAACAUUCACUUCAAAAGGUCCAGCAGUCCUUGGUGAGGUGCUCGGGCGAAAAGUCGGCGGAUGGUCGCACGCGUACCAUGAAGAAAAUUUUCUCGCGUGACCGCAACACCGUGACGGAAGAAAUCACCGAAGAUGGUGUGACAGCUGUCACCACGCGGAACACCACCGAACAAGAAAAAUUGUUCUACUAAGGCGUCGGGUGCUUUCAUUCGCUAGCGCCAAAGUGCUCAUGAUCUUCAAUCUACAAUUAUCAUUUCUUUCAUGGUUUUCACUUCACUAUCAUUAUGCGUUCUAAAUUUAUUGCUCGCCUAUCAGCUUAGCAAUUCUUUAGACUACCUACUCACUUUCACCUGCAGUUUCAGAUCAAAAUGUCACAACAAAGCGAGAAAGUUGAUAAAGAAAUGGCCAACAUGCUGGGCCGCCUGUGUCACAUUUCCGAUGUCGACAACAGAGCUUCUCUCCUUCUUAAUGCUAUCAAUGCGUCCGACAAAGACACGCUGGAGAAGAAAAAAGCGCGCGAAGAGUUCUUCAAAAAGCACGAGACUCCGUGCAAGAACUGCUUUUUGUCCGCGUACCCGAGGAAGGAGUGUGUGAGCACACUGCCCUGCUGGUUGAAUCAUGUCAAAGAGUUGAACAAGAUCAAAAAAUUGCGCGACAAGCAGGCACCCUCUUCUUCUUCUAGCUCAGCUUCCGCGUCUUCGUGCAAAGAUCACAAGAAAAUUUUCGAAGGCGAACACAAGUAAAAAUGACUGAAAACUCGGUGGCUGUGCGUGGCGUUACAACGGCCCCCGCACGCUGCCCGCGCUGCCCGAAGGAAAACGAGGUCAUCAUGCCCGAGUUACCCGCGGGUUUGCGCUAUGCAGUUUUGGAGUAUGAUACGAAGUGCACUUCGAGCGAGUUGCUGCUGCUGCAAAAAAUCAAAACUUUGUCGGGAAUUACCAAUCAGAUGGAUUUCAAGGUCUCGUUUUCUUAUCAUUUUCAAAAAAGAUUCAUGCAUGGUCAAAUAUUCACACAGCUCAACACUUCAAGCAUGUACCAAACACCAACUCACGCCAGGUGUGCAGCGCUUUAGUGUUCGGAGCGGCCACGUUGGUGAAUAUCGGGGACGUCUGCGAGCAGUUCGUGCGCUCCCGCGUGGAGCCGCACAUCCGCAUCGAAGCGUUCAAUCUCAUGAGCGAGCAGUUGGAUGGGUUCAUCCAACACACGCUGCAAGGAGCCCCGGCGAAUUUGCGGAUGCGGCACAUGUUGAUGGAGUUCAACGUGAUCCUCAUGCCCCCGUGCGCGAGUUUCAAGUUCUUCGUGCGGAGCAUGACCGAUGUCACGGCCAUCGGUCUGGGACUGCCGACAGGGUGGACCACCUUGAUCGGCCACACAAUCGACGGAAUGCCGCAGACGCAAGCAGUGAUCGCGACUGCGCCACGCGUGGCGUUGAACUGAAACUGCUAGACGGUUGUCACUCUCCAUUCACCAUUAGAACACUUCAGCUCCGUACUCAUUUCAAUUCGAAGGAGCAGUUUUGAAAAGGAAAAAGCAAUCAUUUCAGUACGAAAAAAAUUCGAUUCUAACAGCGACCAAUUAUCUGAAGUUGUGCUUCAACAUGUCUUGGGUUAAGAAAAACUUUGAUGUCACUGUGGUUAGCGAUACGGAUUCUACAAUAAACAGCAUUGGAGAAGAAGAAGUAGAAGAAAUUGUGUGGGUGAGCACUGAUGUUCAAGAAACCAAUAAUCCGUACCACAGUCGCUAUAUCACGCCUGAGUCGCUUGCUUUCUUCCACCAGCACUCGGACCGCAAUCCAUUCAUCGACCUGCUGAUCAAUCCGAUCGGCCAGUUCUCGCGUGACCACAUCAGUAUUUGGUUGUUGCACUAUCUGGAAGACAAACUCGAAAUCAUCUUACACCACAUCCAUUUCGUUUUAGAGCUGCACAAUCACCAACGCAUUUGUAAAGAGUUCUUCGAUCUGCUUGGUAUCGAUUACCCGGAAGUAGACAAGAUGGCAGCCGCAGUAGGGGGUCCCGCCGCAGCCAACACGCGGUUGGCCGACUACCCAUGCGCUUUUUGCCGGACCGAAAAACCGGAGAAGGGCAUUCAGUUCUGCUGCCUGCGGCGCCAAGGGUGCACCGCGGCGGCCUGCUACGACUGCGUGAAGAAAAGCGGAGUGGGAGCCUUUUCGUCCUGGAUGUCAAAAUUCAACAUGUACUCCGAUUAAAAUCAUGUCAUUUUCACCCCACACCAUGACAGUGCUUUUCAUUUUUGCACCACGGAAAUACGCAUCACAAGUUUCAAACACGUGUAAAACUUCACCACAGCCUCGACGAGACCCAGAACAUUUGCGCGGUGUGUAACGUUCAGGACGCCCAGGACCUCGCGGGGGUAGUCAAAAAGAAUUUGGCGGAAAGCAGCGGUGAUGCAAGCGUGAUCCCGUUGAUCGUGUCCGAAGUGAAGUGGUGCGCCAAACUGUCCGCGCUCGACCCCAAAGAACUAGUGGCGGGAUUGAAGGUAAAGCUGUGCCCUUCAUUUUCACUUUCAUCACUGAUGCAUGUUCACACACAUCACAAACUCACCUCAUUUAUCCAUUCGUCGUUUUCAACCCUUGUUUCAGGUUUUGAAGCGGCCGAAUUUUGAAAACACCGAUCACACCACCCGGAUGGACCCACAGACGGUGCUCGCGGCGGCGCAGGUCGAAGCGUCGGGUACGGUGUCCGCGUCGACCCGCAUCGCGAUCUCGGACUUGCAACGGAAAGCGAAUACCCAUUACAAAUGGAAGGUACAGCAUUUGCUUACCUCCAUUUCGGUAAUCGUCAGGAUGUCUGCUAUCAAUUUUUUCGAGGUGCAUGUCAAAUUUCAUCGGGAAUUCAACAUGAAAAUCUUCAUGCAAAAAUUGUUGUAGAGUCUGAUUUUGCCGACCAACGGUGGCUCGCUGCAGACCUGCAAGGACUACCUGGACAAAGUCAUUUUGUGCUACGGGGAGGACGAAGCGUGCAGUUUGCUCGCGGCAAAAUUUAAAUUUGCCAUUGAGUACUUAUUAGAGUGCCAUAAUAUGGCUGCACCCAAAUCCGAAAAACUCCACGGGAAGACCACCAUGAUCACCUUACCGGCAAACAUCAGCUUCGCCUGCUACUCGACAAUCAGGUAGUUUUCUGGUUGAUAAGUUAUGCAAUUUGUAAUGCGUACUCAUGAUUCUCAUUUCAUUUCAUUUCGCAUAAAAGUUCUUCACUCAAAUUCAUUUCGCCUCACAAUACAGGAGUUUUUGUAAGGAGGUGAAAUUCAGGGGCACCAUAACUCCGGCCAAGCGUGCGCUCUGGAAUUUAGAGUUUGCCCCGCGCUAUCUCAUGUGCGCGGCGAGCAAUAUCGCCACAGCCAGGCAGUUAAAAUCCAUGGUGUUCCACGAAAACAAGAACGACAAACCCAACAAGACCGCCAAUUCCGGCAGCGGCGGCGCGUCUUCGCAUGGCGAAAAGACCAACAAGGGUAUCACUAUCAACCACCUUCGAAUCACUUUCAUUCUUGCUUGCGUCACAAAUUCAUAUUUUCAGGCGAAACGCGCCGUCAUGUUUGUCAUGCAAAACACGCUCUUCAUUCUGAUACAUCUCGCCUUGCGCCGCAAAGUCUUGUCAUUGCAACCGCCCUCAGGUAGCAAGAACAAGGGUGGAGGCGGCGGUGGCGGCAUCGCGAACACGCACCAGGGCGGAAAGGGUGGCCACCAAGGUGGCGCCGCACAGGCUCCGUCGUACGUCGGUGUGGACCGCCACACGAACAAGGAAAUCGAUUCGAUCCUCACCACGGCAAUCUUAAAACAAGAUGCCCAGGCUGCGCAAGCAGCGCUGCAGCAGUGCUACAACAAAGACGAAAAAGCGACCAGCAAAUGGCUUGCGGGGGGAGCGAACAAGUGUAAGAGCUGUUUUUUAGCUGGCAGAGGAUACGCUACGCAUCAAAGUGGUUACAGUCACUGUAUCGCCGCGAAGAAUGAACGUGUUGUGGAGUGUGAAAUUUGUAAGGAGCGUGGUCGUUCAGGACAAUACCACUGGCGCGAGCAGUGUGAGUUCAAAGACUCAAACUACCGCACCAACAAGCGGCCCCGCACGUAAACAAAUUUACACGAAAUCUUAUGACAUUUUCAGACAAUAAGCUUCAUUUGGCUUCAUCAUCUGAAUCAAAAAACUUGCACUAAAGUCAAGGGAUUAUUAUCAGAGAUUACAGAAAAAAUUUACAACAGCUCAAUAACAAGCCUCGCCUUCAUUUUACCCAGCUGUACAGCAUCACAGAUUUGAGUGAACACGUGUUUCGCAGCUGCAAGCUGCGUCUCGAUUUCACGUCGCACGGUCGACGAUGAAAUGCAUGAGCAGUUUCUUAGUCGACAAAAAUAGCAAUUUACUUUAACACUGUCUUUGAAGAAAGAAAUGCACAGUGCGUCCCAUUUUAAAACGCCUCGGAAAGCAUCACUUUAGUACCUUCGCGCCUUGAAACUUUUGUCAGUUUCUUGAACGCGUCGUGCCGUCAUUUCAUCCGGAUGUUCUGCCGUCUUCAUGUUUUCAUUUUCAUUCGUUGUCAUGUUUCUUUUUCAUUCGUACAAACGUGUCUCGUACGCACUGGUCGUCGUGUUUCCGCUCCUAUUCUUGCCAUAGCAAAAUGCAAAAUGAGCGAGAAUGUGGAGCAAUUCUUGAGCGAAAGAAAGCAUAAGCUAUCAAGCAAAACUUACGAUUUCGUGAAGGCUGUUUUCAAUUAUACCCCAUGCAGAGAAGCCACCGUUGCUAGUGUCACAAUACAGCCAGACACCGGCUCGUCUGCCGCUGAGCGCGGCGUCACAGUGUGGACAGAGUGCUGCCCGGACAACAAAAAUUAGUCAGCUGCGGCAGCUUCCAAGUAGCCAAAUCCUUGGUAGCCGGCACGUACGACGCCAGCGGCGGCACGGGUGAAACUCCUUCGACAUCGCGAUACGAAGUGCGGAGCAUCGCCAAGCUCAACGCACUCCGGGGCACACUCAGAGUCGAGAGGUGGUAUCUCCGCAACGGUGUUUAUCGCGAGUACCUCGUCAGGAAUAAUCGCGACUACAACACCGAGCGCGAGCAGAAAGUAUCCAGCUCGCAAAAACAACUUCCAGCUUUUCGCCCAGUGUCGUUGUAGGGCCAGAUCUCGAUCGGAUUCGCCGCGACGCAGAGGCCUUCGAAGCUCGCGUGUUACAGCGGGCGGAAGAAGAGCAGCGGCGUGCGCACGCGGCAGCGGAAGCUGCAGCCCCGCUGCGACAGGCCGCCAACAUCGCACUCGUGGAAUCGACUGCGAAUUCGUUGCAGGAAGUGAAUCAACUACACUUCACACACGACCUCAUAAUCACAAACUCAUCAUCAUUAAAUUCUGCGUCAUCGUCAGCUGCUUCAUCAUCUUCACGCAGCGCAAGACAAAGUGCGGGUGCUUCGUCAAGCUCAGCUAGCAGCAGCACUGCUGGUGCUGCGCCACAGCUGCUGGGACCAAGAGACCCCGUCCUCGGCAAUCCCGCCACCAUCGUACUGGGCACCACCGGGGGAAACAACCAGUGCAACGGACUCCCCACCCUCUCUCAGGCCGAUCAGCUACAAGUGGUCCACCGGGCUGUAUGCAACCUGGCUGAACAGCGACGAAUUCGCGAAACUAACAGCGAGCAGUCCGAACCAUCAUCAAAACGAUCGAAGAGAGAUGUUCGAUCCUAGCAUGUUCUUCCGCAGGCCGGAGUUGAAGGAUCGACUCCGUCAGGAUCUACCAGCGGCGCAGCGCUCAGACGCAAAGCUGGCCGCUGCUGUCGCUUCACAAACCGCGAAGCAGCCGGUUCAGAGUGACAUGUUCGAUUUCUUGAACCAAAGCAGUGCGGCAGAGGAGCCAAAGCAACAACAACCGUUCGUAGACGUCGAGGCGGUCGCGAGGGAAGCCUACCUGAAGGGCAAAGCAGAUGCUAGGAAGAAAGCCGCUGCUGCCUCACCAGCCGCAAAGAAGUCCAAGCGCGAAGCAGGCGCGCAGUCCUCUUCAUCUUCGUUUGCACGAACGUCCGACGACGAGAUUCUGGAGGCCGCUCUUGACUCCGCUCUCGUCGAGCUGAACAAGAAGCAACUCGAAGAAAGGCAAGCGGUCCGCUCGCAAAUUGAAAUCAUGCACUACCGCCGCGACGCAGCGCAUGACGAGGAGGCUCACGAUGAUGGCGACGAUCUCGUCGACGUGGACGAGUACGUCAGUCGUGGUGUCAUCGCUCUCAGCGACCACAGCGAUGGAAGCGACGACGGCUUCACUUCUGACAGUGCCGUCGGAUCGGAAUUUCAUUCGUCCGCGGAGAACUCCGACACAGACGACAUUCAAAAAACGGUGCAGGAAAUUCUCGGGAAUUCAUCCCUGUCGACCGCCAACCAAAUUAAACUUCACCGAAAGGCAGACAAAUGGGACAAAUACUCAGGUGAUUCAUCAUCCCUAGAUUUGGUACUAUUUCCCGCUGCCUCCGACUUCUUCGACUCGCUACCAGUGGACAACAAGGUGCGCGAUGAGCUAGCAGAAGAGUUGGUCAUGGUGAACAACUCGUCAAUCGCAGCGUCAACCGCGAAAUCAUAUCAGCAGGCGCUGAGCCGCUACGUACCACUAAUUUGCGACUUCGUUGGUCGCGUGUUGUGGCCGGUGCAGAACGAGAUGGAGUGCAUCACCUUCUUCUGCGCUUUCACCAAAAUCAUGAAGAAAGAAGAAAACAGCCCGGCCAUCAAAGAAACGGACGGCAAAGUGCGAUGGGGCGCGUGCCUCACGUUAUCCGCAGCGAUAAACAUUUUCAACAGUAGCCGCCCGCACUUGUCGUCGUACAGUUGUUCUGACAAAUCAAAAUUUUUCUAUCGCGCAUGGCGGGGAUUGAAGCUGAACGCUUAUCACGCUGUCGCAGCAAAGAAGGUGAUCCCGGAUUUCUUCGAGAUUUCAGUAAUCAUCAGAAACCUGCAGAAGGAGUUCGACGCUGCAUUCGCGGGGGAAGUCGACAAUUGGGACAACCCCAAGUGGAUCUGUCAUCAGCAUUUUGACAAACGCAACUUUCUUGCAGCGGCGAUCAAGUUGCAAGUAGCCGUCAUCAUUUGCGUCGGUUAUUUCGGCGUGAGAAGAAACGACGAACUCCGCCAGUUCAACCGGAACGACUUCUCUAUGAAAGACGGGAUACCAACCUUCCACAUCAGGUGCAACUUUGUCAUUUAUCAUGCAAAAAUUCAUAACGCAUCCUCAUCGUACUGCGCACUGAAAUUCACAAUACCACUAUCAUUUUGUUCAGGUUCGCAAAAAACGACAAGUACGGUCGGGGUAGUUUUUGCGUCGUGCCGAAGAGCAUGGCGUCGCUCAUACAGAAGUGGACGAAAUUCAGUACGGCGCUCAUUCUGCAUCACAAAUCGACCGCGUACGCCGAAAGUCAUCCGUUCUUCGUGACCAUCGGCUUGAACAGAAUCCCGACCCGCGGCGAGAGGCUUGGGAAGGACCGCGUGCGACUGGACACGAAAAGCGCCUUCGUGAAUCACCGGAAAGCUAAUUUCGAAGGUUCAGUGUCGCUGCGUCACGGCGGCGCCACUUUCUAUCGACAGCAUGAUGCUAUCGGGAAAAUAGCAUAUCUCCAGGGUGGCUGGAGAAAUGCGGACAUGCUCGAUCAGAGAUAUGCUCCCAUCGAACCGUUGCAGCUCCACAAAAUCGUGGACAGCUUCGUCGAAAAAGAAGUACAACACGCCAGAGCAAUCACCACGCUACAACAGCUUGAGCGGGUGUGGGCGCUACCCCGCGAUGCUCGCGAGAAAAUUAAGCAGCCUACUCAGCUACAUAACAGUCUGCAAGAAGAAUACUUCACUAGCAACGACAUUCUGAAGUACGCACCGAAACUCGCAAACCAGUUGAACACGGGCGAAGUCAAUUUCUUCGCAUUUCCUCGCGUUGCAAAGAAACUCGGACUGAAUCCAUCUGCGGUGCGCAAGUGAACAUUAUUUCUUCGUAUCCUUUUUUCAAAUGAAAACGAUUCACCGUGGUCAUGCCACUGCUCGGAGGACAGUAGUUACCGGCGUCGUCGUCGUUUAACCUGUUCUCUCUGUUGUUGCCACGUCAACGGCCGAGCGCUUUCUCUGAGUGACGUCUUUUCAACAGCCGCAUCUGAGCGACCUCAAUUCAGCGAGCGUUUCGAGUGUAGGUCGGGAAAAAACAACGAGUACUCCCAUCAAAACCCACCGCGCCAAUCCCUCAUCUUCAUUUGUGAAACUCACAGCAAAAAGAUCUCAGAAUGCCAUUCCGCUCAUGCCUGACGCGGGCGCUUCCGGCGCACCUCGAGCACACAGCGCAUGAGAAGAGGUUAGGCUUGACACCCGCACCAAGGUACACCUUUGAAGAUUACCUUGCAGCAGGCCUCCCGACAUGUCCGGAGGACCUCCCAGGGUUCCUCAAGUCCCAGCCCGGCCCAACCGACCCGUGGCGCGAACAAGAAGACCAGCAUGCGCUUGAUGGUUUAACAUUCAACAUCUACAACGCUAUCCGCUGGGGUGUAAGCCCAGAUGUGGUCCGGGAGUGGUUCUCGGGCGUGUCUUUCACUUUCACCGACACGGAAUUUCAACCGACGCAGCAAAACAAUUACUCCGGUGCGGAAGAUAACCGCGAACAGUUUUUGAACGAAAUCUAUCGGUUCAAAACUGCGAAUAAGCUGGUGUUGUACGACUACAACGAGCUACGGCAGGACCAGAAGAAUCUAGUCUGGGACUUCAAAAAACAACAAGUCAUCUACCCAGCGGAUCUCACGCGGGCACCGUCCACCGUACUCAUGCAGAAGGGCGGCACGAAAGCACGGUUAGUCACCGACUGGUCGAACAAAGUCUCGCGCGUGAGUCAGUCCAUUUACAGCGAGCCAGUGGACUACAGCGGCUGGUGGCAGCUGCUCGAGCACGUCACUCCCAACUGCUACCUCACGGGAAUCGACCUGAAAGAUUGUUUCAGCCACUACAUGAUUGCCGCAUCGUGCCGACGACUGUUGGGCUGCUACACAGGCGACGACACGACGGGCGAAAUCGGAACACACUUAUAUGUUCCGUUUGGCGUAGGCCCUGCCCCGGGCAUCAAUGAUCGGUACAGUUUUGAUUUUCGUUAGCAUGACAAACUCGAUUCAUACCUCGCAUCAUCUUUCAAAAUUCAUGCAAGUCAUCUUUGUAAUCACCUCACAAACUCCACCCCGCAGUAUGGUCAAACACGCCUUGGAACUGGGAGUACAGUCGGGAAUUCUGGCGAAGCGUUUCGAUUAUGUCGAUGACAUAAGAAACAUAGUCACAUCCGACCCGUUGUCCUUCCAAGCCGCUGAGGACGAUUUGAGCCGGCAGUUCUACUUCCUGUCUAAUCUUGGCUUCGAUCUACAUGUCGUCGCGGGGAAACUCAUCAAACCAACCCGACACAUGCCGUGGCUGGGGUUCGAACUCCACACCGACACCAUGCGGCUGUACGUCGAAGAGGAACGACGGGUGAAGUACCACGAUUACUUGUGCGAAUUCAUGGACUACCUCAAGUCCCCCGAAUCCAACUACCGCUGCAAGGCAAAAGACCUCGCAAAAUGCGCUGGCAAGCUGCAGAGCAUCACUUUCGUAGUGAAUCGCGGCCCACUGCACGCCAUUCAGUACGACCUUAACAGCAGUGGGGUGUACAAGGUGUGGCAGAACAACCCGAAGCACAACCCCUGGAUCGAAGUCAGCUGGGCUUCAUUCGAGGAAGUGCGGUGGUGGCGCGACGUUCUCGCCCGAAAACCGUACGCGAAAGUUUACUACAAUGGCCACGCUUCGUUUCUUUGGCGCGCCGAAGUACUCGAGUUCGGGGAUGUAUUCAUCAGGUCGAUCGACCCUGACAUCCUCGUGGUCGUCUACGGUGAUGCCGCCACCACGGCGGGCUGGGGCGGGACGGUCAACGGCAUCGCGUACAAGGGCACGUGGCCCGAGCAGUUUCGCGACUGCGACAUCAACGGCCUGGAAUCACUGGCGCCGUUCUUCAUCAUCCACGAAGCCAGCGGGUGCGGUGAUGUCGACUUCACUGAUAAACUCGUGUUGUACUACACCGACAACCCGUGCGCGAAGCGGCUGUGCAACAAAGGCAGCUGCGCCUCACCGGAUUUACAUGCUGCGUCACUCAACAUUGCCGACAUGAUCGACAAACUGCGCAUAGAACUCGUGGCGGCAAAGUGCUACGGUGAUGAAAACACAGUCGCUGACGUACACUCACGCGACAGCCCCGAUGUGCGUUCCGACGAAAAAAAGCAGCGCGAUCAGCGGUUCUGCAAGAAAAAAGCAGUAAACUUCAACGAUCUCAAGGAGGGGUUUCGUGACAAGCUUUGCAGCCUGUACGACAACAACCCCGAAAAGCGUUUCAACAAAAGAUCAUGGGGCAUCAUCUCCAACAGGCUGCCCGGAUUAUCAGUAGAGGCUUUCUGUAGUAGUAGCUCCGACAACUUCGCCAGACUGGGAAAGAAGUUUCACCACUCGGAUCAAAUCUUCGUCAACUACGACGAGUUCGUGGAAAAGCGCAGUUGGUGGCUCCCGCCCACCACGGUGCUGUUCCCAGCGCUCAAGUACCUCCACAAGCUGCUACGAGGGACGCCGGAAACCGCGAGACCAAGAAUCGCGGUAGUGGUACAGAGCCUCGGCGGCAAAUUCGCUCAGUUGUUGCAACCCCUGCACCAGGUGUCCAAGUUUCAGUUCGGGUCGCAGUGCUUCGCACUCCCCAACGGGCAAGACUUGACCGCCGACGACGAUUACAUCAUCUACUCUUCCGUCCCGAUCAGCAUGUGGUCCCAGGAAAGAUUCCCGAAGUUGGACCUGCGCCCGCAGGUGACGAAGCUGAAAGAGGGCGCGAAGUUCAAGUUUCAGCUAGACCUUCUACACGGCGCCACAAGAGGUCAGUUUGGUCAUGGCAACGAAGAUUUGUUUUUGCACAUUGCAUGCACAUCCCCGAUCACCCAAGCAAAGGGCAUCGCAAAGGAUUUGUAUGCUAUCUUCCCUUCCGCUUCGAAAUAUCAUUUACCAGCCAAAGACAAGCCAUGCGGUUCAUUUGAGAUUUCAGGACGUGUUUGCAACAUUUACACAAUGUUUCGCAAGGGAAACCCACCGGCUGCUGAACCAAAUUCGUUCAAGACAAUUUGGGACGGCCACGCAACCGAUGAUGGGAAAGAAGCGCGUCUAUCCCUGUUUCGUCACAACAUGAACAACAUCUACAAUUACAUCAAGGAAGAGAACAAAAAGUCACUCACACCAAAGUGCCGCACAAUCGCCAUACCGAUGAACAUCGGCACUGGCUCCGCGGGCGGGUGCAAGUUCGAUUACGGUCGUGCUGUGUAUGAUUUCAAAACGAAAUGCAAAAAAAUGAGUGUCAAAGUAAGCCUGUAUCUUCCACCUGUCACCCGAUGAGCAUGAGUUUACACUUCAUACAAAUUCCUGGUUCCCGUUGCGAGACGCUCGCGCUCUCAUAGCCGGCCUCGCUCGCGUCUCGCCCCGCCUGUUCUAUUGUGGUAAAAUGGCAAAGCUCUCGACUCUCGUAAGAUCCGGCAAAAGAUCAACAUUUUCGCCCGCGAUCCUUCACGAGCAUAUCGGCUGUAGUUGGGGGCUAGUUUGACGUGCGGGCUCCAGGCAAUAUACUACUUCUGACGUAACGAUACAGAUUAUGGAUCCUUAGUAGUACGAAGUAGUACGUCUGGAAUCCAAUUUGUGUGAGCGAAGUCGGAAGUAGGUUAUUGGCUGUAAAGCCGCUCGUGGCAGCUCGUUUGCAUUCCGUGGGGUAUGGACACGCAUCCACGCUAAACGAAACGUGAUCCGCUUCAUUCCAUCACUUCACUCUCACUCCAUUCACCUCAUUCUCAGACCUAGCGGACGGAGAACGAUCUGUUUUUCCUUUCCCACCCUCCUCACCCUUCUCAUUCCAGGCCACAGGCCCACGUACUCAUCCGCCGCCUCCUCGGGCGGGAUACAAGUGCGUGGUUUGCCCUGUUCAUUUCAACUUCGUGAUCAUUUGUUAGAGUUCACUCCAACUUCACUCACACUCCCAGGCGUCACCUAGCCCCCUUCUCUCUAUGGCAAAGCUCUGCGCUCUCGACUCUCGUAAGAUCCGGCAAAAGAUCAACAUUUUCGCCCGCGAUCCUUCACGAGCAUAUCGGCUGUAGUUGGGGGCUAGUUUGACGUGCGGGCUCCAGGCAAUAUACUACUUCUGACGUAACGAUACAAAUGUAUGAUGAUACGAAAUCGAAAUGAGUUGAGCAAAUCGAAUCGAAGCCAAAGGAAAUAAGGAUAUAGUGACAAAAAUUAUAGCAGCACAAAUUCACGAGAGCUGGAGGACACCAAGUUUGUUAGUCAUAGCUCCGGUUUGUUCCGCACCGAGCGCGCUCCGUAUGAUGUGAAAAU